AUGAACGACAAAAUUGUAACUCGGGAACAGCAUGCCUUUGUGAUAAGAAACGAAACUCUAAUCAAGUUAAGGCAGAGAGCCAGAUCUGCCACCAAAGGCGAGACCCUGUCUAGGAAAAGGCCAUUGGAUGUUGUAAUGAUUGGUCUAGAGUCAACAUCGCGUAUGAAUUUCAUCCGUCAUAUGAAUUUUACAAGGAAUUUCCUUAGGAAGAAAAUGGCGGCCGUUGAACUGGAAGGGUAUAACAAACUGGCCCAGAAUACAUUCCCUAACAUAGUUCCAAUGUUGUUAGGUAUCACAGUAAAGGAAAUGAGCGGCUGGCGCUGGUUCUAUGACCACUAUCCAUUUAUCUGGAAAGAUUUUAAGAAAGCUGGCUACAUUACCUUCAUGGGGCAGGAUGAACCUGGCACCGCUGUAUUUCAUCAUAUGAGUAAAGGUUUCAGACGUUCCCCUGUCGACUACUAUUUACGUCCCUACAUAUUGGAGCUGAAUUCCAACUACAGCGAUUUCUGCUCAGAAAACCGUCUCGUGUUACAACGCAUAUUUGAUAAAAUGGCGGAUUUUAUUACAACAUACAGUGACGUUCCUAAGUUUACCUUCACGUUUAUAAGUGACCCGACACACAACAACUAUAACGGACUGGGUAUAUUAGAUCUUCCCUUGAUGAGGACGCUGUCAACACUGAACACACGUGGUCUGCUCAACAAUACCCUACUGUUAAUAUUUGGUGAUCAUGGUGUCAGAUUUGGACCAAUUAGGAACUCAUUUCAGGGUCGACUUGAAGAAAGCUUGCCAGCUUUUUAUGUUUCUCUUCCACGUUGGAUUCGUGAAGAACACAGCGAUUUAUAUAAACACCUCAGAGAAAAUCGAAAUAAAUUAACGAGUAACGUUGAUGUUUAUGCCACACUUCAGGAUAUAAUAGAGCUUGGAAAAGGUCACGUGACACCACGGGUCACUGGAAAAUACGGAACUAGCUUCCUUAGGAAUAUCAGUAAAGAGCGCACGUGUGCCGAUUUAAAAAUACCGCCAAACUAUUGUAUGUGUCAAUCAUUCAAACAGUCUUAUUCAACUAAAUCUAAGAUAGCCCUUGAUAUGUCACAGUGGGUUGUCAAAGAAUUAAACGUAAUACUUUUAAACGUGUCUCAUUUAUGUACAAAUUUGACUCUAAAUGCCAUUCGUCACGUUUGGGGUUUAGGUAAACGGCUUCAGGAUGACCGGAUACACUUUUUCACUAAAGUCUACUUUGUGGUACAGUUAAAUGUUUUACCGAGCCAUGCUGACUUCGAGGCAACAGUUCGAUAUUUCAAGGGAGAGUUUUCCCUUGUUGGUGAUAUAUCGCGUACAAACAAGUAUGCCGGGCAGUCUGACUGUGUCUUACGUCAUAAAAAUGCACUUGUUUUGGAAAGAUAUUGUUAUUGUCGUAAUCUAAUCGCCGGUAAAUAUGUCAAAGAAAAAUGA